AUGGGGCCCAAGGUCCAAAACAGGAGCUAUGAGGCCUUCCAGGUGGCACUUGCCAAAGAGAAUGAGGCAGAAGAUCAAACUUCCGACUUCAUCAGCGAGAUGUCCUACCAGCAGAAUCAGCAGCAGUGCCAGUCCCCUCCCAAGUGUCCCACCCCCAAGUGCCCUCCAAAGUGUCCCCCAAAGUGCCCCUCAGUCUCUUCUUGCUGCAGUGUCAGCUCUGGGGGCUGCUGCGGCUCCAGCUCCGGGGGUAGCAGCUGCUGCAGCUUUGGGGGUGGCAGCUGCUGCCUGAGCCACCACAGACGACACAGGUCCCACUGUCACAGACGCCAGAGCUCUGGCUGCUGCAGCCAGCCCUCAGGGGGCUCCAGCUGCUGUGGAGGGGGCAGCAGUCAGUCCUCUGGAGGCUGCUGCUGA